AUGGCCAUGAAGGUGCACGCUAGCAUGAGACAUGGCUUGGUGGCCCUAUUGUUGGUGAUGAUUUGCUUAUAUUACGCCGAGGCUAAGGUACAGACCACAGCGCAGCAACUGGAGAUAAGGCAGCACCUGAAGCGAUUGAAUAAGCUCGCCAUCAAGAGCAUCAAGAGCCCAGAUGGAGAUAUCAUAGACUGCGUCCAUAUGUCUCAUCAACCAGCCUUUGAUCACCCUUUACUCAAAAACCACACUAUCCAGAUGAGACCAAGUUUCCACCCUUUAGGCCUACAUGAUGAGAAGAAGGUGGCAUCAAAGAAGAAAACUAGCUCCAUACCUCAACUCUGGCAUCAAAAUGGAAGGUGCCUUGAGGACACCAUCCCCAUUAGGAGGACCAAGAAAGAUGAUUUGCUAAGGGCCAGCUCUAUCGCAACAUAUGGAAAGCAGAUGCACAAGACAAUCCCAAAUCCCACUUCUGCAGACCCCAAUCAGAUUAUUAUCAAUAGUCGUGAGUAUGCAGUUGUUUAUGUAGAGGGAGAUAAGUACUAUGGAGCAAAGGCAACCAUAAAUGUGUGGAACCCAAAGGUCCAAAUACCCAAAGAGUUCAGCACGUCUCAGCUUUGGAUUGCUGGGGAUCCUGCGGGACAACUCAAUACCAUCGAAGCUGGUUGGCAUGUAUAUCCAAUUUUGUAUGGAGAUAAUAAAACAAGACUAUUUACCUACUGGCAUAGUGAUAGUAAUGAUAUUAAUAGCUGCUGGAACUUAAACUGCCCUGGGUUCAUUCAAGUCAACAAGGAGAUAGCACUGGGUGCCGUCCUCGAGCCUAUUUCUAGCUACGAUGGACCCCAAUAUCAAAUGACUAUACUUGUGUGGAAGGAUCCAAAAUCAGGGAAUUGGUGGCUGCAAUAUGGGAAUCGGUCUCCAUUGGGCUACUGGCCUUCUUCCUUGCUCCCUAAUUUGGCGAGCAGUGCCUACUUAGUAGAAUGGGGAGGGGCGGUUCUCAUCGGCCAUCAAAAUAGCGAGCAUACCUCCACAGAGAUGGGCAGUGGCCAUUUCCCAGAAGAAGAUUAUCGUAAGGCGAGCUACUUCAAAAAGAUUCAGAUAGUUGAUUCCUCCAACAGGCUUCAAGAUCCUCAAGGGAUUGUCCCUUUCACUACGCGAUCCAGCUGCUAUAAUGUGCACAAUGACAACAAUGAUGAUUGGGGACAUUACUUCUACUAUGGGGGUCCUGGUAGAAAUCCCAAUUGUCCAUAGAA